CUCCCUGCACUCGCUUCUCGCAGUUUCUAUCAAUACCAGAUUCGCUUCGUGAUGCUUGCCUUGCGAAAAAGCUAAUACGUCAGUAGCGUUUCGUACGCACGGAAGUAAACUUUGGAUCAAAACAUUGGAAAACGGAUUGAAAUAAAAAACGAUUGGAAAAAUGACAAGUGUUGAAAAUAUAGCGCAAUGAAAUAACGACUUUGUGUUCCUUUGUACGAGUAAAUGUAAUUGUAAAAAGAUAAAAAAUUUUUUAAAUCGAGUGAAAAUUUUUGAAAAAAAUGAAAAAAGUUUGUGGAAUUUUUGUUCUCACGUGUUUUUUACUGGGUAAUUCGGCAUUCGGGAAAUACUCUCCACCACUAGCAACCGUCGAACCACUUUCACCGAAAGGAAUAAGAAUUUCAGUGCCAGACGAAGAUGGGAUCAGCCUGGUGGCUUUUCAUGUGAAAUUUAAUGAGGAUUUUGAGGGUCUUGAGGCUGGCACGAUUGCCAGAGACGUUGUGAGAGCUCGGAAUGGUCGAUGGACUUACCAGGAUCGCACGACGAGGCUACGUCUCGGAGAUAUCGUUUAUUACUGGGUUCACGUUGUCUGGGAUGGCCUCGCAUACAAUCUUUUGGAUCAACAGCAUCGAGUCACUGAAUUUUUCAACUCUGAGGACGGUGCGAAAAUAACUCCCGUCACAAGGGUUGACUCUGCGGAGAAUCAACCGUGUGCUCCAACAGAAACGAAACUCGUUGACCCAUCGACCGGAGAACGAAAAAAUAUUUGCUCCCGGCAGAUUUUGUUGGAUGAACAAUUUCAUCAUUUGAAUCAAUCGAUUUGGAGGGGGGUUGAAAAAUUCACUGGCUCACCGGAUUACGCGUUCGUGGUUUAUCGAAAAGACGAGAGAAAUAUAAAAUGCGUAGAUGGAAAUCUUCGAAUAACACCGACGCUCGUGCAGAAUGAAUACGGAGACGAUUUUAUACGUCAUGGAAACUUGACACUGGAAGGAUGCACGGAAGACGUUGGCAACGGAGAAUGCCAGCGCGAGGCCCGCGGACCUUACAUCUUGCCGCCAGUUUUUUCCGGCCAGAUAAACACGAAAAAAAGCUUCGCUUUUAUCUACGGAAUAAUAGAGAUUCGGGCUAGAUUGCCCCGUGGCGACUGGAUUUAUCCGUUCAUUAGUCUCGAAGCCCUCGACCAAUCGUCUCACCAAGACGCAGCGUCGACUCAUCCACAAUUAAGAAUCGCAUCGUCCAACGGUAAUUCGGUAUUGCUGGGUGGAGGAGGAACAAGUGGAAAAGAUUUUGGCGGUCGUGUGCUCUGCGCCGGUCCAACCCAAACGAAGUCACAAUCGACGGGCGAUUCCACCGGCAAAACUUCGAGCCUGCCGAGGAGAUACUCGAGCGAACUUUGGUCCAAAGAUUACCAUGUUUAUGAAGUAGAAUGGGGACGAGACAAAAUCCGAACGCGGGUUGACGGGAUUGAGUACGGUUCGGUGGACACGAAAUCACCUUUCGACAAACCGUUUUAUCUGACACUGGGACUUGCGGUUGGUGGUCACGACGAGUUUCCGGACUUGUCUACCAGCGGUGGCUACGCCAAGCCCUGGCGAAACGUCGGUGCCAAGGCUCUCUUCGAUUUUUUCAACGCAACUGAUCUCUGGUCAAGGACCUGGAACGACGAUUCGUCGGCACUGAAAAUUGAUUACGUCAAAAUUUCGGCUCUUUGAUUUUCCAAAGACUGGAGCGUGUUAAGUUUCAUUUAAAUCUAAAAAUGUGUAUUCCUCGUCGAUUUAGCAAGUAUGACUGCAAGUUUUUUUUUUCUAUCUUUGUCAAUAAAGAGUCGAGAGGUCGUGGACAAGCGAAAAAAAAAAAACAAAUAAAAAAAGCGAGAGCCCCGGAGA